AUGAAGAAUAUUCCGUCGCCUCCGACUCGACACUGGUUCACAGGAAAUACCAGUUCAUAUCUUAUCAGGACCCCUUUCGAAGAAAUGAUUGAAUGGGCCCGUACUGUGCCAAACACCGGUUUAAUUCGUUAUUAUAUCGUAGGCAAUAAGGAACGUAUACUACUGACGAGCCCCAAAGCCCUGGGUGAACUUCUUGUCCAGAAGGUAUACGAUUUCCCCAAACCUGAGAUGGUUAGACUCAGCCUUUCGCGCGUCACGGGAAAACACGGCGUGCUUCUUGUGGAAGGGGAGAAGCAUAAGAAACAACGAAAGAACCUGAUGCCGGCGUUCUCCUAUCGCCAUAUCAAGGACCUCUACCCGGUGUUCUGGUCCAAGAGCAUUGAGAUGGUCAAGUUGAUCGAGAGUGAUCUUCGCCGCCGAGCAGACACCGAGGACAAUGUCAUCCGCGUCAGCGAAUGGGCAAGCAGGGCUACUCUGGAUAUCAUUGGCGUCGCCGGAAUGGACCACGAUUUUGGGUCCCUUCGCAAUUCCCAGAACGAGCUCACCAAGCAUUAUGAGCGACUGCUCAGCGAACCGUCCGUCGGGAUGCGCAUCAUCUUCGUUGUCGGUAUUUUGCUAGCGAAUUUACAAGUCAUACAGAGCCUGCCCCUGAAGCGGAACCGCGAGUUCCGUGAGAGCUCCCAGUUUAUCCGGGACGUAGCCCGCCAGGUGAUCCGCGAAAAGGAAUCCAAAAUGAAGGACGGCCAAUCUGCCCCAGGAUCCGGGAUCGACAUUGUCUCCGUGGCGCUGGAAAGCGGCGCGUUCACCGAGGAGGAGCUGGUAGACCAGAUGAUGACCUUCCUCGCCGCCGGCCACGAGACCACAUCCACCGCACUCCAGUGGUCCAUCUAUGCCCUCUGCAAGCACCGGGACGUGCAGACGCGCCUCCGCGAGGAAGUCCGCUCCAAUCUCCCCGCCAUCUCCGCCGAGAACCCCGAGCCUCUCUCCGCGGCCACACUCGACUCCCUCCCGUACCUCAACGCCUUCUGCAACGAGGUUUUCCGUUUCCACCCGUCUGUCCCGGGGACAAUGCGUGAAACCGCCCGCGAUACCUCGCUGGUCGGAUAUCCCAUCCCCCAGGGCACGCGAAUCCUCAUCUCGCCCGAGGUUGUCAACCACAGCAAGGAACUGUGGGGCCCGGAUGCAGACCAGUUCAACGUGGAGCGGUGGCUGGGGCCCGGCCGAGCUAACACCGGCGGUGCGAGUAGCAACUAUUCGUUCCUGACUUUCUUACACGGGUCACGGAGCUGUAUUGGACAGGGGUUUGCGAAAGCUGAGCUGGCUUGUCUUGUCGCUGCCACGGUGGGACGGUUCGAGAUGGAGCUGAAGGACCCGGAGGCGAAACUUGAGGUUCGGCUGUCAGCCACGGUUGCUCCUAAGGAUGGGGUAGUUGCAAAAUUCACGCCGCUGGAAGGGUGGUAA